CAUGUGUCAUAAUGUUUACAGAUUGAAAAAUGUCCGAUGCAGUCUCGCGGCCAGACGACCUUGUUCAGAGAGGUCCCAAAGUGCACGUGUGGUUUUCACACUCAAAAGGCCACAGUCUCUACUGGACAAGCACCAAUGGUUGUGGAGCAACAGUCUGCCGCUACUGGACCAGCACAGGAGGUCAUGGAGCAGAGUCAACCUCAGCCUCGACUCCAGCCCCAGCCACGGCCUACUGCAUCUGUGACAUCUAGGAUAAUACCAAGUUUGUCAAUGUUUACCAAGCCAAGAUUUGGUGGGUCCCACAUUUCUGCCGCAAAGCCAAAUCUAAGUGUGUCUAGGAGACCAUCUCAGGUUGAUGACCAACCCAGCACAGCAGUGUCCAGUGCCCCUACACCAAGCACCACUGUCUCUACACAAGAUCCUGGAGUUCCAGCCUCUGUCCCCAGAACCACUGCAGAUGUGACCAGUCCUGAGUCUUGCGGUAUUGUCUCGACUGCUCCUUCCGGGGCGUCAUUGCAAGCUCCAUCUGCAGUUCGACUGCACCGUUUGUGGUCGGAGACCUUGCCGCCAGAGGACCACAGGUGGAUUGCCAGCAGGCUUUUUAAAAUGGGGCCCAAGGGAAAACCAGAGCUUCGAGACAACCUACAGCUCUGGUAUUACCCACCACAGCCAGCACUUAUUUAUAGCCAGGCUCCAGCUCCAGACAGAUUUUUUUGUCAUGCUCUGUUGCUGUGGAUGCCGUACAAGCUGUGGAAGAUCAAGGCUGUCUGUCCCAAUUCUGCUUGCGGGCAGCAUCAGCUAACAGGAGGCGGUCUGCACAAAAGGGCACGGCAGGUUCUGGACAUCGAUAGGAUGUACAACAUGGUCACAGAAACCCUCAUCUGUACCAAAUGUAAAGCCUCGCAUGUGUCCUGGAGUCAGACUGUCCUGCAACAGCUGGAUCUGGGUCAUCGCUCUGAAUUUCGGGUCAUCCUCACGCGGAAGUAUGCCUGUGAUAUGAGAGUCAUUCGGCUCCUGCGUGAGCGUGGCCUAGGCAACAGUCCCACGCGGGUCAUCAAACAGCUGCGUGAGAACCACAGCGAGGAGUGGCUCCAGCGUAUGGCCCGGUACACCACCCAAUGUGUGGACUUCCUCAAACGACCCGGGGUGUUGCAAAUACCAUUCCAGGAACCCCCAGAGCCUACAGUGGUGCCAAGCUGCAAGUGGCUGCUCACCGUGUACAGCCAAGACAUCCUGACAAGACUGGAUGAAAUCCAUGCAAGGAUAACAUCCACGUAUGGUUCAGUCUUGAAAAUGGAUUCCACUAAAAAGAUCACUAAGAAGCUGGCUGGGACGGCAAGGGGAACGGGACUCUGGCUUACCUCUGUUGGCAAUGAGUUUGGUCAGGUGCUCAUGAGUGUGCUGACAGCACAGGAAGGAGCAGGACUGGACAUGAUGGUCGAUGGUCUGGUGAAAAGGUACCAGCAGGCUAGUGUGGAUCCACCUGCUGUUUUGUAUGUGGACUGUGGCUGCUGCACUGAUGUGGGUGAGACCAAGCUGAAAACCAGAUUCAGAGGUUGGCCUGAUCUCAUGAUUCGCUUGGACAUCUGGCAUUUUAUGCGCAGGAUUGCCGUGGGGUGUACAACUGAUGCCCAUCAGCUGUAUCCCAUCUUCAUGUCACGGCUGUCAGCGUGCAUUUUUGAGUGGGAUGCGGCUGAUGUUUCUAUGCUUCGCAAAGCAAAGAGAGAGCUGUUGAUAUCCCAGGGUUGGCCUGCGCUGACAGAUGAAGAUGUCAACAAGCAUCUUACCAGGGAUGAGCUGGCACUCCAUUGCCGGAGGAGGACCUGUGGAGAGGAGACUACCAUCCUUCUCCUUGAGCGGCUGCUCACAGAGCUCCUGAGCAGCAAGGGCAAAGACUCCCUGGGGGUUCCUCUCCUGGACCGAGAAAGGAUGGAGCACAUCUGGAAUGUCCAGAAGAAGCAUGUUAAAUGCAUUCAAGACCCCCCUGGUGUUAUGCUCUAUACAGAGACAGGGAGUCUAAACAAGGGAGGCGUUCUUCUGAAGACCUACAGAUGUGCCAGAGGCUCCACUUCUCUCGAGUCCUUUCAUUUACACCUAAACCGUUUCAUCCCAGGUAUGUCUUUGUCACACACACUGUGCAUGUGGACCAGUGCAAACAGUCUGAACUUUCAGAUUUAUCUGCUGGAGGGUCUACACCGGUGGAACCAGGACCGGGAGGCUGCUUCCCUGUCAUCGGAGCCAUCAGCUUUGCGCAGCUACACAGGAGAACUUGUUCACUGUGUAAACAGCAAUUAUGAAAAGCUGUUUGGCAGGAAAGUGGUCCCCACGUUUUGUCCCCCUGCAUGUUACACCGGUGAGCUCAUUGGAGUGCAGUAUCUGUUCCAGCAGACUGGUCAGGCACUGCAGGACAUGAAUCCGGACUCUGAGCAGACAGCAGAGCUCAUUGAGGACCUCAGUGUGGAGGAGCGAGAUGAAGAUGAGGGCUUCUGUGACAUCAGCGAGGAUCACACAAUAGCAGAUCCGGAGGCUGUUCUGUCACCGCCCUCUUCCACACUGACACUGGGUUCUUCCACCCUGGUCACCAGCAGUGCCACACCUGUACUGGGCUCCACAUCCCCUCCACUGGUCCCUGACCCCAAACUUGGCCUCACACAGUCUCCUUCAUCACCUGGACCCUCAGGGACUGCCGUCACACCUGUUCCCUCUGAAACAUCUGUUUCAACUCUCCCCUCAGAUCCAGAGGAUGCUGGUCAGGAUGAUGAUGAAGAAGAGACGGUAAAUACCAGUCCUUUGCAUGUCUUUCAAAUUAACUAGAAUAAUUAUG